GCGGCGGCGCGCGGCGCGGGGUGGUUGCGCUGCGCGCCCGCCCGAAUGGACGCCGCCGCGGCCGCCAUGCAGCUGACGGUGAAGGCGCUGCAGGGCCGCGAGUGCAGCCUGCAGGUGCCGGAGGACGAGCUGGUGUCCACGCUGAAGCAGCUGGUCUCAGAGAAGCUGAACGUCCCCGUGCGCCAGCAGCGGCUGCUCUUCAAGGGCAAGGCCCUGGCAGAUGGGAAACGACUCUCGGAUUAUAGCAUCGGGCCCAACUCCAAGCUCAACCUAGUGGUCAAACCCCUGGAGAAGGUGCUACUAGAAGGCACUGGCCGGAGACUGGCCGACUCCCCACCCCCACAUGUCUGGCAGCUGAUCUCCAAAGUCUUGGCCCGUCACUUCAGCGCGGCAGAUGCCAGCAGGGUCCUGGAACAGCUACAAAGGGAUUACGAGAGGUCCCUGAGCCGCCUGACGCUGGACGACAUCGAACGGUUGGCCAGCCGCUUCCUGCACCCAGAAGUGACUGAGACGAUGGAGAAGGGUUUCUCCAAAUAGCAUUCUCAGAGUAUGGGGAGGUGCCCAACGCCAGGCCGCGGCUGAACGUCACACAACGUGUGUUCUCCUGCUGUAGUUGGGCUCAUAAUGAUAGCUGCCAGGUACCUGGCUCUGGCUGGGUGCUAGGCACCACUCACAGCCUGACCUGGGUUUGCUUCCACACCCUUGGAAGAGGUGAGCCAGCACAGCGGAGGUGAUGCAGUGGCAGAGCCCCAGUUGGAGUCCAGCAGCUUCUGAAAGUGCCUUGAUGUGACAAGGAGGAAGGGGCUGCUUGGAGAGCUGAGCUCUCGUGUCAUAUUUAGCCCACUGAGAAUAUACACUCAAGCAACUCCCUCCCAAGCCUGAAAGGGGAAGCAGCUGUCACCUGACCUCCGGCGGGUCCAGCAUAACCCUCAGCUCACCGCUGCAGGAGGCCAAGUUGCAGCCAGCCCUGGCUCCCCCAGCUGCUACAGCCAGUGUGCGUUCUACAAAUGGAAAAGCAGGUUGGGGUCAGGGAGUGAGAAAGUCACCCCAGUUCUGUGAUGUGACUUCGGGCAAGUCUCAGUGCCACUUUGCUCCCCAGCCACAGACUCUAUACAGUGAGGGCCGCCACUUCCCGAUCUGAGUCAGUGUCUGCUGCCCUUACCCCAGCUCGGGGUGGGGAGUGUUAACAGUGCUCUUCUCCCUUCUGUUCAGUAAACAAACUGAAGCCAAAAGCAAAGCAUGGCCAAGUGUGACCUAGAGAUGGGUGGCCUGGCCUUUGGUGACACAGCUCUUCUCUGGGGCACCCUGUCUGCUUGUCUCCUCCUCCAGGAAGCAUUAGGGCUGAUGCGUGACUCAGCAAGGCAGUGUCAGAGCUGGGACUGGUGGAGGCGUUCAUCCUCAUCCCCAGCACUUGCCUCCGUGUGGAAGGCGAACACAUCCCGGCCACCUGUGUGCAGGGGCUCACUUCGUAUGCUCCUUGUUGCCUGAGAGGAAACCUUGGGGUGCCAAGGCAGGGGCAGAAGCAUGGGCUGGGUUCCAGUUCCUCCUCCACCCUGCCCUGCGCGUGGGCACUAGAGGACAUCGAAGUGCCUGCUCCUUGGAGGAGGCCCCCUGGUAUGGUAGAGGCUGGAAGGAAGCCACAGGCAGGAAGGCACCACUCCUGCCCCUCCACCCUCGCCAAGGGAGCAGCUCAGCAUGGUCAGGACUGCACGUGCCGGAGACCCUCCUGCCUGGGCCUUGUGGGCCAAAUACUGGGUCCCUGGGCUACAAAUAUGGACAGAGGCCCAACAGGUGAAGGCAUUGAAGAGCACACAAAAGCCCCUGGCCACCCACGAGAGCUGGAAAGCCAUGUGGCUUCAAAGCCAUAUAUGGAGGGACACACUUGUGAGCAUGUGUGGCCUGCAGCUCAGGUGAUACAUUUACCAGGGUUCUUGUUUGGUGCCAGGAAAUUAAUUUUGGAAAGUGAAAUAACAUUAAAGGUGAAUGUGAAACUUCUACUUUGAUCCAAAGGAGCUAUAUUAGCUAGGCUGCUUAUGGUAUCCAAUAAUUGGUUUAAAAAUAAAGGCAAUUUGUUGAAUCAGUAAA